GCUCUCGCCGGGAUACACUCUCGCUGAAUAAUACCAAAAAAUGCUGCAAUAAAGAGACCAUGUGCAGACUUGACUGUUCGAUAUUCCCCAAACCAUGGCAGAUCUCAAUGUGGCUGUGGUGAUGUCGCUUUCUGGACGAGUAGGUCUCGUUACAGGCGGAGGAACAGGGUUGGGAUUUAUGAUUGCUAAAGCCUUCGCUGCGAACGGAGCCAAAGUAUACAUUACUGGCCGAAGGUUAGACGUACUGGAGAAAGCAGCCGCGUCUAUUACUGGCGUCUCAGGAUCUGUUAUCCCACUCCAGAUGGAUGUGACAAAUGGAGAAAGCAUUAAGGCUGGCGCACAACAUAUUGAUGGAAUCGAUGGCAAGCUCGACAUACUCGUCAAUAAUGCCGGAUUUUCAGCUUCCCUUCGCGAUCCAGACUUCAUCGCGAAGAAACUCGCCGCAGAGGAUCCUUUUGAACCCGAAACCGUACAGAACUGGGCUGACAUUUUUGCAUUAAACACGAUCGCCCCAUUCUUUGCCGUACGCGCUUUCCAAUCCCUCCUCAUCAAAGGAGCGCAUUCCCGCCCCCAAGGUACCUCAAGCAUCAUCAACAUCAGCAGCGGAGCAGCAAAAUUGAACCUUUCGGCGUCAUCUGCAUCCUUCGCACACGCUCCUACGAAAGCUGCUUUGAACAAGCUCACCCUCGUUCUGGGAACGAGCUUUGCUGGGAGGAAUAUCCCGAUUCGAGUGAAUGCGAUAGAACCUGGGGUAUUUGCGUCUGAAAUGGCUUCUGGUAAAUUGUUGGAGUCGCUGAAGACUAAGCCGCUGCCUGGCUUGGUGGCUCCUAUACCGGCAGGAAGACGUGGGACUGAGGAGGAGAUAGGGAUGGCGGCGGUGUACUUGGCAGCGUCGGAUUAUACGAACGGAGCGGUCCUGAGGGUCGACGGUGGAAUUACAUUGGUGAAUCCAUGAUGGUCUGACUGCGUAACGUAUAUUCUACCCUCGUCUUAGGCGAUGUCAGAGGACGUUUCUCAGCUGUGAAUUUACUCGAGUCUGAAAUGCAGUCGUUAUUCGAGGGAUAAUAGUCAGAUGGAGGACGCAUUUUACGGAGCUCUGCUCAAUUUAUGCGAGCAGUUCAAUAUCAACUUUCUGCUACGUCGAAAUCAUUAAGCUCUCAGGUUCAAUGGGCUCAACAGAAUCAACUUAAGACUAGCUCGUUUAUACUCCUUUAAGAACCCCGAAACCUCCGGUACCGCGCCAGUUAUCGUGUAUGUGAUGUCUGGACUUCCAGAGUGGGU